AUGUCCGAAGCAGAACCACAACAAGGAGAUGCUACUACUAUUAAGGAACUCAGUGACAAAGUUAACAAACUUACAGCGUUAGUAGAAAGACAAUCAAAACUCCUAGCUCAAACAGGGCAAAAACUCAUGGAAUUACAAGUUAAAGAUGUCAAAUCCAGAAUGGCUCAACUAGAGCAGAGACCACCAAUGUCGCCUCCAGAUCUAUCCGAUUACGUAAACAAUGAAGAUAUAGUCCAAUUAGUAACCGAAUUACAAACACAAUUGGAUACACUUGAAGAUCGAACAAUUCGUCGUGCCAAAAAUUCUCUGAUUAUUAAACCUGAUGAAAAACUUGCUCCUUUGACGAAUAGAUAUGGAGAUUAUCCUGAGUUUGAAUUACCUAAUACAUUGAAGGAUUUACAAGAAUUGUCAAAAAUUGAUUUAAUUAGAUUAGCAUUGUUUUAUGAAAUUAUCAUACCGGAUCAACAACAACAAGAACAAGAAUUAGAGGGCACACCGGGAUUUAUGGAUCCUGAUAUUGCGAUGUUGCAUUCUAUACCUGAUGCCAAUGUUUUAGCUGAUAAUUUUGAUGAGAUACAGAUGAAGGAGGUUUUUGAUGAGGUGGCUAGAUAUUAUGGGGUGAAGUUUAGAAAAAGUGAUGGAUGGUAG